ACUCCACAUGACACCAACACAACUUUCAUGAACGUCAGCUCUUAUGAAAAUAACACCUUUUUGCAGUUCGCCACAUCUACCAUGUCGACACUUACGCAAGGUAAACUAACCCAAGCCAACAUCACCACUACCACAACAACAACAACAGUGGCGCCAAAUAUCCUAGCAUCCAUAAACCUGCCUUACAUGAUAGCCGAGCUGGUCAUAGCCCUCCUCUCCACUGUGGGUAAUCUGCUAGUUUGUGUAGCAGUGGGACUAAACAGGAAGCUCCAAACAGUUACCAACUACUUUCUGGUGUCAUUAGCGGUGGCAGAUAUCUGCGUUGGUUCACUGGCGAUCCCUUGCGCCAUCAUGACAGACCUGGGCAUUCCACGGCACAAUCUGUAUUUGUGUUUGCUAAUGUUAUCUGUACUCAUCAUGUUAACCCAGAGCUCCAUUUUUAGCCUGCUGGCAGUCGCCAUUGAGCGUUACAUUGCCAUCUUCAUGCCCUUCCAAUAUCACCGGCUCAUGACAACUCGCAAUGCAAUGCUGGUCUUGUGUUUCACUUGGACGCUGUCAUUCCUGAUUGGUCUGGUGCCGUUGAUGGGUUGGCACAAGCCUCCGCCCGAGUCUGGUUACUGUUUCUUCGUCUUGGUGGUGGAUAUGACCUACAUGGUCUACUUCAACUUCUUUGCCUGUGUUCUGGCCCCGCUGGUGGUGAUGUUCCUCAUCUAUGGGCAGAUCUUCGCCACGGUCAAGCGUCAGAUGAGAAGGAUCGCCGCAGAGCGGGGUGGUGUGGCCAACACGGAGGGAACGGCAAAGAUGAAGAAAGAGAUGAAGAUGGCCACUUCACUCUUCCUGGUCCUCUUCCUUUUCACGUCUUGCUGGAUUCCACUACAUAUCAUCAACUGCUUCCUGCUGCUGUGUCCGUCAUGUCCCGUGCCCCUGCCGCUGUUACUGACAGCUAUCAUUCUCUCCCAUGCAAAUUCGGCUGUUAACCCUUUCCUCUAUGCCUACAAGAUGAAAACCUUCAGAAAUGCAUUCAAGGCCAUCUUCCUGUGCUGCAGGGGCAUCGGUGAUGGCGAUGAAUAACAUGACGAUGGAGGAGGCAACGAUACUCAAAGAUCCUGAACAAUUACACUUAGUCCAGUCCCA